UUGUCUUUUGUUAUUCUUUAUUCAGCUAUCGGGCCAUAUUCGGGUCCAACAGUUGCCCCUAGCUCUCAAGAUUAGGUUUUGUUAUUCUCGGGAGCUAGACCUAGCCCCCCAACCUAGAUCUUAUGGUUGAGAUAAUGAUUACGGGCUAUCUCAACCAUAUAUAAUUUCGCUCGAUCGGACGGCUGUAAUUCUUCUUUAAUUAAAUCGAUGACUCAGAUUAAAGAGAGUUUGAAAUGUGGUUUCCGAUUUUCGAGACGUGAUGGGAUAUAAAGCUGAGAGAAUUAACUGCUUGUCUCUCCACUUCCUCCACGCCUCUCGACGGUUUCCAAGGUAAUUCUCCUCUUUCCUUUAUUUUACUGCGCUUUGUUAUAUUUUUUUAUCCGUUUCUUGAUCGAACUAGUUCUUCAUUCUUAACUCUCUCUGAGAUUUCGUCUUAGUCCGAUUCCUCUCUUUUGCUUCCUAUUUUCCUUUCCUUUUACUAUCAUGAGUCAAAAAGAAGGUUCCGGCGAGGUUCAAAUCUCAGCCUCCGGUGCCCGCAUUAUGAAGGUCAAGCGGGAAGCCGGUGAAAAGAUGACAGAAGCCAAGAAGAAGAAGGUUAAAGACUCGAUCGAAGCGAGAGUCAAGAGGAUGAAGAAGAAAGGUGGCAAGAGCGCCUCCUCUGGACCUCACUUCCCUUUGCUCUUGAAGAGUCAAGACGUCGUCAAUCUUGCUGUUCAAGCCCACGGCAAGAGUGACCUAGCUAGAGCUUGCACCGAAGAUGAAACCCCCGAAACCGUUCCGGAGGGUUAGUUUUGCAUUCAUGAGAAAUAUAUCUCUAAGUGUCAUCUUAGAUUCCCUCUCCCCAUUCUCUUGCUAGAUCUCCUAGAUCAUUACCAGCUGGCCCUUUCUCAACUCUGUCCAUCGGUUAUCCGAGUGAUAAACGGGUUCAUCACUAGGGCCAAGGAGGAAGGAGUUAUCGUGGGGUUGACUGAGCUAAUGAGUCUCUUCUCUAUAAAGGAGAGUACUUCCAAGGAUGGCGGAAGCGGUACCUACUACCUCCCCUAUCGUCCAGGGCUAGGCAUCUUCAAGUUCACGGCCAGUGAUGAUGACUGGCGGAAGAAGUACUUUUAUGUCAAGAUUGACCCCUCGACGGUUCCUGUAGGCCGAGACCUCAGGACCUCUUGGUCUGACAUUUCUCGUUAGGAUUUUAGGGAUAUGUUUGCAUGUCUUUUUUUUGCUUAUCGUGAUGUGCUAAUUGUCUUUUGACUCCUUUUUGCAGAAGUUGAGGACCCUAUGAAGUUGUCCAGUAAACUCCCCAGAGCUCUUUACAGGAAGCUGCAGCACAGCCCUAACACUUGGGGAGCUUAUACCACUUCGAGAGUUGGGUCAGCUAGGUUUCCUGAACGAUACAAGGCGUCCUUCCCUGAUUCAGUGAUGGUUGCCGGUUUAGAAGUCUCUGAAGGUGAUUCGGUAUUCGAAGUUUCGUCCGGAGCAAGUACUUCUGAGAAGACUCAGUCACAAAAGAUGCCUAUUCAGCCCUCCUUCCGUUCCAGGGGUAGAUCGACCAAGGCUGCUAGCUCCUCUAGAGGAAGCGACAAGAACCAAAGAGGAUCCUUCCUUGACUCUGUGAAGGAAGCCCUUGACGAGGGAGGCUCUGCUCCUGCUAAAGGUGUUGGUUCUUCAGAGCCCAAAGUUCAGGAAGUUGGUCUUCCCUCCGAGGUUCCAAUGACGGAAACUGAUCCUCAGAUGGCGAGGGAUCCCUCAGAGCUUGAGCCUCCGAGGAGCAAGAGGUCUCGGACAUAACAAGUUGACAGACCCUCGAGGUCUUCCUCCUCCUCUUCUAGGGGGGAACCGUUGGCUGGAACUUUGCUCAUUCGAAGCCUGGGUCAGUCUUGGACGACUCAUGGGGUUUAGCUACGUUAAUGAGGCAUAUGAAGAGAACUGGAUGUGCUCUCCCCUCCAUCGCUAACCUCUCCAACAAAGAGGAGUAUGUUGACACUUCCCAUCACAUG